UCCCUCCAUCCGGGAUCGUACCAACUGUUCGAGAUCUGUUGAGUAGUGUACGCCGUAUAAAUAAUACGGAAAAUCGGAGAAGCGGCUCCGACGCAGCUUGGUCGCGCGUCACCGUCGUAUACCUGUGGUGUUUGAAGGAAAGUGAGAGAGAAGAGGAGCAACAACGCCAAGAUGUUGAACCAGGCGGUGGUCGAGGCUCUGUACUCUGCGACGUACAUUGAAAACUAUCUGGACUGUGUGGAAAAUCUGCCGAACGACCUGCAGAGACACGUCUCCCGACUACGAGAGUUAGACGCCACAUGUCAAACAUAUCUGCGUGAGGUGGAUCAACAACAAGAAGCACUGUGCAGCGAUACGGAUUUGGCAACUAAAAGGAGAGCAAUGGUGAGAAUACAGCAAGCUCUGAUCGCAGCGCAAGAAAUUGGUGAUGAGAAAUUAGAUAUCGUUCAGCAGAUACAAGAUCAUAUAGAAAACAAGGCCAAACAGUUGGAGUUGGAUUAUCAGAAUUUAGAUUUCGGCAAGGAACAAGAGUGCUCCGAGUCUGCCCGCGAGGCGAACAUAAACAGCAACACGAACAACGCGAGUCACGCAAACAGCACGGAACGCCAGCCGAAGCGUGCUAGAAGAACGAGGACCGAAACUUUGGUAGAAUCGGCUCAUUCAAUGGACAUGUUAGUCAUGGCAGAGACUCGUUCCUCGGCAUUGCCCAGCACUAGUAACGGCCAAAAGAAAACAACUGCGGCUACUACCGGCAAAAAGAAGAAGAGAAAAUCUCGACAAGGCAACCAGCAGAAUCAACAUCGCGAAGACACGCCGCCGCCACCGGAGGAUGAUCUUGCUAUCGAUCCGGAUGAACCUACUUAUUGCUUGUGCGACCAGAUAUCUUAUGGCGAGAUGAUUCUCUGUGACAAUGACCUGUGUCCCAUAGAGUGGUUCCAUUUCUCUUGCGUUUCCCUGACUACUAAACCUAAGGGAAAAUGGUUCUGUCCUAAGUGUCGUGGCGACCGACCCAACGUCAUGAAACCGAAAGCGCAAUUCCUCAAGGAGCUGGAACGAUAUAACAAGGAGAAAGAGGAAAAGUCGUAGCAAGAGGAGAAUGCGGAAAGGCUUAAAAGUUUUGGCAGAAUUAAUUGGACUUGAUCAUCAGGCAAGAUUCCCGUGAAAUAGAUGAAUUUUAAUCUUGACACGUAUGAAGACUCGUGGAUUAAAAUCUCGUAUUCCACGGAAAUCUCAAUUUACUGAUACAUACAUGUACAUUUGUUUUUGUAAAUUCAAUUCUUUCGUAUAAAAGUCAAUAUCACCGAAGAGCGAUGGUGUCGCCGAUUAUUCAAGCGACACCAUCGUUCUCUUAAUUGUAAAAAUAUAUUCAAACAUUUUGUUUCUAAGUCGUAGAUAAUAACUGACUGUAUAAAACACAUUAUUGUACAUAAGGCGUAAUAUCAUUAUUAUUAAAUUUGAGUCACAAA